AUGGCUUCAGUACUCGCAAUAGGCGCCGGUGUUGCAGCAGCAGCCUUCAUUGGCCGCGCAUCACUCCUCGCCUUCAAACGCUCCCGCGGCCAAGCUGGCUCAUUAGGCAAGGCGUUUUACAAAGGAGGAUUUGAGCCGAAGAUGAACAGGCGGGAAGCAGCUUUGAUACUCGAACUCAGUGAACGAAAUCUCACAAAAGAACGAAUCCGCAAGAACCACCGCACGCUCAUGAUGUUGAACCAUCCCGAUCGAGGCGGGAGUCCUUAUCUAGCGACGAAAGUCAACGAGGCCAAGGAGUUUUUGGAGAAGAAUGGUCGAUGA